GCUGUAUCUGUCAGACCCGGCGCAUCACUGUCCUCUCCCUGCGCGCGGGUGUCCUCCUGCAGGAGAGCUGGAGCCUGUCGGGCAGGGGUUCACUGAGAGCAGAGCUCGGUGUGGGGCUCGGUGAUGUGCGGCGGCUGUGGGAGUGAGACAGUAAGACGGUGAGGUAUUGAGGCAGUGAGGCAUUGAGAGGGUGAGGGUAUUGAGGCAGUGUGGAGGAGAGAUGGGGGAUCGGUUCGAGCUGCUGAAGAAGCGCAGCGCUCAGCGGCAGAACCCGCGCGAGGGGCGCGCGCGGCUCCGGGUGAUCUUUCUGGACGACAGCGAGCGGGUCUUCGAGGUCGAGCAAAAGAUCCUGGGUUGUGAUUUCUUCAACAAGGUCUGUGGUCAUCUAAAGCUCCUGGAAAAAGAAUACUUCGGCCUGGAAUUCCGUCACCACAAUGGAAGCUAUGUGUGGCUGGAACUUCUGAAGCCACUGGCUAAGCAGAUCAAGCACACCAGUGAUCUGGCAUUCCAGUUUAUUGUAAAGUUUUUCCCACCGGAUCCAGGCCAGUUGCAGAAAGGCUUGACAAGGUAUCUAUUUGCUCUUCAGAUAAAACAGGAUUUGUCCAAUGGCAGCCUCACCUGUAAUGACAACAGUGCCGCCCUGCUGGUCUCUCAUAUAUUGCAGGCAGAAAUUGGGGAUUAUGAUGAAGAGUUGGAUGCUCAUCACUUAGAAAACAAGCAGUAUGUGCCAAACCAGGAGUACCUGGACCACAAGAUUAUUCGCUUUCAUAAGAAGCACAGAGGUCACACUCCUGCCCAAUCAGACGUGCACUUGCUGGAGGUCGCUCGAAAGUUGGACAUGUAUGGCAUUCGACCGCAUCCUGCCCACGAUGGAGAAGGCAUGAGGAUUAACCUAGCCGUCACUCACAUGGGUGUACUGGUGUUUCAGGGAAACACAAAGAUCAACACCUUCAGCUGGGCUAAGAUCCGCAAGCUAAGCUUCAAGAGGAGGCACUUCCUUAUCAAACUUCACACUGAGGCUGGGCCCUCACGGAGGGACAUGGUUGAGUUCACAAUGGCGAGUAGAGACAUCUGUAAAACCUUCUGGAAGAUGUGUGUAGAGUACCAUGCCUUCUUCCGAUUGGCUGAAGAGCCCAAACCACAGCAGAAGUCUCUUCUCUCCAGCAAGGGAUCCAGUUUUAGAUACAGUGGCAGGACACAGAAGCAACUCCUCGAGUGUGUGGGAACUGGAGACCACAAACAUUUACCAUUUGACAGGUCACAUUGCAAGUCUGGCCAUGAAUCUCGUCAUUGCAAAUCAUCUCCUGAUUUACUGACUGAUGUUUCCAAACAGCUCUAUGAGCAGACCCAUCCAUUGCACUUUGCGAUUUCUGAGCAGCAAGCAGACGUAUUUUCCGAUGAUCUUGAGCGAUCUCGGCCCUUGUCAAGAAACCCCGCCUUCUCAUGCAAGUCUGCAUCUCCGAAGCUUCGCUCGAUGUCUACGUCUGGAGCAGAGCGACGAGGCAGGGGUUCCCAGAGACCCCGGGCCAGAAGACGCCAGUCACCCAGCGCUCAGCACCUGGUUCUCCUCUAUCCUAACAGCCCUCAUCUGCAGUUCCAUCCAGUGCUGCCUACCUUCCCCCUCCCAACCUACCCGUACCUGCUACAAGACCACACCUCCUCUUCUCUGGACCGCCUGACCCAGGCUCAUCAGGGUCUGACUCCGCUGAAGCAUUUCUCCAGGCAGGCUGGCCACUCUUCUUCACCUGCUUCUUUAUCACCACCACGACGACAGCAGCAUCUAGAGAGACUCCGCCUUUCCGGGCUGGGAUUGGCCGGCUCAAGGCCUUACCCCCUGUCAGGAGGAGAUCAGGGAGUGGGCUUGAACAGAAGACUCAACAUGGGAAGGGUGCAGGCAGGGCACUACAGCGAUGACUCCACCUUUCAAACUGGAUUACCUCGACGGACCUCGAGCCAACCAAACGUAAAAUUCCAGAGACCGACCCUCGCCUCCUCCGCCGCGGCCCACGCCUCAGAGUUCCGGCCCCUCGGCUAUUACCCCCACCUUUCACGUCACCAGAUCCCUCCCAGGCCCACCUACCUCCCUCUAAGCCCCACCCCCCUUCCAGAAAGACCCACCUCUCUGUGCAUGGUCGGCACAGGGAAUUUCAGCGAUUCAGACUCUGACCCCUUUUAUCCCUACUACUGCCCUGCUCUGGGGAAAGUGGUACAUUCUGGCCCUAUAGCGCGCAUGCGCUUCUCCUCCGGAAGCCUCCAACUAGAUGAGGAGGAGGGGGAGGAUGAUGAAGAUGUGGACAAUCAGAGUGAGGGGGAACACAGUGCUCUCACUUCUGUCAAGGUAAUGAAACUAUAGCUCUACACCUCUACCGUAAAAUUAGACAUUUACAUUUAAAGGUCUACAUUUAAAGACGAUCAUUAAAAUAACAUUAAACUGUUGCUGGUAUGUUAUGUUUACCCCUUGUCAAAUAAGAAAAAAAAUAUUAAAACAGGAGACACAUUUCAAAUUGCAGAUUUGCUUCAAUUACAAACUCUGCUCAAAAUGUCUCUAGAUCAAAUGUGGGUUAGAGAGAAUAAUUCUACAAAGUGAAAAAUAAUGUGGAUAAUAUUGUAUUCGCAAAGGCCCAGUCCCACUCUUCAUUUCUACCCCUAAUCCUCAUUUUAUCACCCUCAGAUAUUACCCUUAAAAUGUAGUUGCAAUCCUCCACUUAAGAAAUGGGACAACCAUUGAAGAACCCAGAACACUGUAAAAAUAAAUGAAUAAAAAAUAACACUGCUUCUGCAGCAGGCCGCUAGCGGUGCUCUAUAGGUGACCCUGACAGUCUGUUGUGCAGGGGAGUGGUUAAGAUCAGCAAACUCACUGGACUUUAGUUACAUAUAGGGCAUCUAUCACAAUUAUUUAUCAUUUUCUUCCUUUAAAUUCUCAGGGGCAUGGAGCUAAAGUAAGCUGUUUACUACUACCUUGUUCGAAUCUUCUUACUCCACCUAAAACUAUGCAGCAGACUCUAGGUGACAGAAUGUAACUGCUGUACUAUUUAAGGUGGAAUGGUAAACUACAAUCCCUAUUAGGAGGUCCUUGUAGCCCUAACACUUCACUAAGAUCAGAACACCCUAGCUCUAAGCUACAGUGGGAUGAAAAAGUUUAGGCACCCCUGAUCAUUUUUUAGGAUUUUCCUUUAUAAAUCAUUGGUUGUUC